AUGCAGCUCCUCAGUAUCCUUACAGGCGUCGCGUGCCUCUGCGCAUCGUCAUUAGCUUUGAAGGACAAUUACAAACCAGGACCUAAAGAGCCUCAGUUUCACAACUCGGCAAAUCAUCCAGGCGCUGACCCUCAUGUGAUCUACGACUCCAAAAGCGGCCAGUAUUACGCAUACUCUACCGAGGGCGCCGACCCGGGGAGUCUCUUUGCCAUCUACAGCAGCCCUGAUCUAUCAACCUGGCACAAACACCCUGGCGGUGUGCUGAAAGCGUGCUACGACGAUGACAUGAAUCGCAUCGAGGGCGGCCAAGCCUGCUGGGCGCGCGAUUGGUACUGGGCGCCUGAGACAUACUACAACGAGAAAACAGGGUGGUACUUUUUCUUCUUCGCGGGACGUUUGCGGGAGGAUCUUGCGAAGGAUUAUUUCCGAUACUCGGACUUUGAGGAGCCGUCCAAGAUUGGCGUCGCUGUCUCACGUUCGCCGACUGGGCCGUUUAGGGAAAUUCACCCGAAGCCCGUCGAGUACUAUCCCUUCGAUCCUGACUAUCACGAUGUCAAUCUCAUCAUGGACGACAAGCAAAUGCUGCCUCCGCAGACUUUGGCAGAGGGUAAGACAGCGCCGAAGGGCACGUACAUUCCCACCAUCGACGUCAAUAUCUUCUUUGACAAAAAUGGCCGUGUUUAUCUUUAUCUCUCGCGCAAUGCCUACCGCAAUUGGAAUUGGGAUAAGAAGUUGGGCAAGUACAUUGAGGAGUCCAACAUCAUUGUAAUCGAGAUGGAAAGGAAGUGGUGGGAUGAUCCAAAGGCAUCGACCAUGCCGGAAAUUAUCGCUUCUCAGAAGAACAUCCACGCCAAGGAUGCGCCAAAACUACCAAAGAACAUCACGUCUUACAACGGCACUGGCGAGAUCGGUUCUCCUCCUCGAAAGGACGGUUGGAAGACUGUGAUUUCUUACGGCGCUGAUCCACAGGAUUGGGAGAACUACCACGUCGAUGACCACGAGAAGAACAAUGGCACAAAGAAAGACCGUCGCUGGGCUGAAGGCAGUACCACCAUCACAAGACCAGGCAAAGACGGAAAGCCUAUAUAUCUCUUGACUUACAGCGCCAACAACUACGAAGCUUCCAACUACGGCGUUGGUUUCGCCACAUCAAAGUCCCCAUUUGGGCCUUUUCGCAAAUCAUCCAAAAAUCCAAUUCUCUCGCAGGAGCCUGAUGCCAAAAUUCCGAUUUAUUCCACCGGCCAUGGCAGUAUCGUCGCUUCACCCGCCAAGCACAACGCAAAAGUAGGCGCGCAGGAGGUUACUCUUCGAACGCCGCCGGGAUCAGAGCUCUUCUACGUGCAUCAUGCCCGUAACAGCACCACGCGUGAUAGAUCAAUCUACACGACUCGCAUGACCCUCGAUGAAUCAGCUGUAUAUUUCGGCUCGAAUACUGCUCUCAGUAUGGACUUGACACCUCUCGACCAGCCGUUGCCCAAGAAUACGUACCCUAUUAAACUACAGGUUAAAUGCUCCAAGACAAAGAAAGGCGGUCGUCAGUUUCAUGUUCGUGUGGAAUCAAAGCCUGGAGCAUCCUUUGAUAUUCUUGAAGGGACUAACAGGGUCGUUGAUUUGCCUGGGAAUAAGGUUGCGACGUCUACAAAAGCUGAUGGGCAUGGCUCGUUUGAUCUGUCUUUCGGCAAUAGUGCUGUGAAAGAAUUGGCAUAUCAGCGCUUGAGCGUGGAUGGAAGCUGGUCUACUGUUGCUAAGAGGAAAGUGGCCUGCAAAUAG